AAAAAAAAAUAACAGGAAAUAGAAAAUUAAAAUACGUUUGGGGGUCGCCACGGGUGAAGCGUUGGCCCAACAUGUUGCUACGGUGUUUUCUAGCCUUGGAGUAGUGACGUAGACCACAGUGGCGGUAGCACGGCCACCGAACGUGUCGGUAGAAGCUAUCGCCUUUUCUUGGACGUUGUAACGGGGUUUUUCGCCAAGCAGACGGGCUGGGAUCGAUGAGUUAUCAAGCCGGUGAAAGGCGCAGACGCGAAAUAGUCUGCCCGAGAAAUAGCACAACGGGCCCCACGUUUUCCUUUCUUAUACACAAACCGGUGUCUUGUUAUUUUAAUUUUUUUCCCUUCUUCAACGCAGGUGUGCGACAGUACUUUGAUCAAACGUGUGGGGUUAUCCUUGAGGAAAAGUAGGUUCGCUGUCUUGUUAGACAACAAAUGCAUGUGGAUUCCUAUUAUGGACAAGUUGUAAAUCAAGCGCCGAUUUUCUUACGUUUAUUUUAUUAGGCCAAGUACUCUCGUGAAAUGUAAACGGUGUAUUGAUCAUAGUGCUAGCAGUAUACUGAUAUAGGGCGAGCUGUUUGCUGAAGGGAAUAACUGUACAGUGUAUAUAAAUAUAAACCUAGGCCUACCGACCUGUGAAGGAUUUUUUUUUUUAAACACGGAUCUAUGUGUAGUGCUGUAGUGUUGGAGGAUAGUGUACACAUUCACAGCCGUGUAAGUUGACUUUCACUCGGUGUUUUGUUAUUUUGUCAUGUAACUAGUCUAGCCUCGUCUAGCGGGGGAGAAAGUGUUGUCGGAAACACAAUUCGAACAAGUAAAACGGUUAGAUGUGUGAUCGCUGAGCUCGCCCUUGCCUCGCAUCGAUUGGUCGCGAGUUUGAUUCAUUACUCGCACUAAUAGGUUCCCCAACUCACGCGAACACUCCCCCAGUCACAGUGUCGCUCGCAGAUCUGUCAAACUGGAUUCAAAUCGCGACAAACCAGCAAGCAGCAAUAUCGGUUCAUCCGGUGCACAGAGGGUCCCCAGCUCCAUCGGCGGGGGUAUUCCUGCCGCAUCCCUAGCCGGACCCGGCGGUGAGUCGAGCGCUCGUUCGGUCACAUCUCCGAGCCCGGGAACUUUACAGCAGAGUUUCGCCAAUGUUCGGGGCGGGAAUUCCCCGUGGGGCUUUCGUAGUCGCAUGUCCCGAGGGACGAGCUAUGCUGUAAACAGGAUGAGCACGUCUGGUGCAGGUGUGUACCAGCACCACGGGGGAGGCGUGGACAAUGACGACGACGAUCUGCGCCAGGAGUACGACACCAUGGAGCGCUGGCUGGACGAGCACCCCGAGUUCGUCCACGACUACUUCGCCAGGAAGGCCAGGAAAAGCAUGGUGGACGGGUGGCUGAUCGCACACGCGCUGUCCGGGGCAGACAACCUCAGCACCUCCAGUGCCAGCUCAAACUCCAGGACUAGCUCGGGCGCCAACACGCCCGUCAGGAAAAUCUCCGCCCAGGAGUUUGAAAGGGGUGGGAUUCUCAACCCUAUAAUCUCAACGGUCGACGGGCUGCCUACGUUUCUGGGGCCCUCGGCCUCGUCCACCCCCACACAGGCCAAAUGCCGGAGACGGUCAAAGAGCGAGCUGAAGGCCCUGGACGAGAAGGAGCUGAUGCACGAGCUGGUCAUGGAUAUCUGCAACGACCUGGACGUGACCAGCCUCUGCUUCAAGAUCCUCCAGAACCUCUGCAUCCUGCUCAACGCUGACCGCUGCUCGCUCUUCCUGGUCAAGGGGACCGGGGAGAAGUACCUGGCCUCCAAGCUCUUCGACGUCACGUGCGAUUCCGAGUUCGAAACCGUCAGCGACCGGGAGGACGAGAUACGGAUACCUUUAGGGACAGGGAUAGCCGGCUAUGUGGCUAAGAUGGGGGAGGUGGUCAACAUACCGGACGCCUACCAGGACCCCCGGUUCAACAACGAGAUAGAUCUGCGCAUGUCCUACAAGACCCGCAGCAUUCUGGGAAUGCCCAUUAAGGACAGCGAGGGCGAGGUGAUAGGCGUGGCCCAGGCUAUAAAUAAAAUCAGUGUCAAGGACGAGCCGUUUGAUGAACAUGAUGAGAAGGUGUUUGCUUCCUAUUUGGCUUUCUGUGGCAUCGGUCUGAAGAACGCUCAGUUGUACGAGAGAUCGCUCUUAGAGAAUCGUCGAAACCAAGUGCUGUUGGACCUGGCCCGUGUGAUCUUUGAGGAGCAGAGCAAUGUGGCCUACCUGAUCCACAAGAUCAUGAUGCACACCCAGUCCCUGCUGCAGUGUGAGCGCUGCCAGGUGCUGCUCGUGGAGGACGCUUCCAAAGCCCUGUUUUCCCAGGUGUACGACCUACAGGCCUCGGAUUUCGACAACGAUGACUCCUAUAACAGGGAGGGUGUUAACGAGCCAAGAUUUCCUCUCAACAUUGGCAUCACAGGGUACGUGGCAGCCACAGGGGAGAUAUUGAAUAUUCCUGACGCUUAUGCAGACCCGAGAUUUGAUCCUGAGGUAGAUAAAGGCACUGACUUUCACACACGAGCUAUACUGUGUAUGCCAAUAAAAAAUGUGAACGGGAAAGUAAUUGGGGUCAGCCAGCUGGUCAACAAGAUCGACGGCACAACCUUCAACAAAAACGAUGAAAAUUUAUUUGAGGCUUUUGCCAUCUUCUGUGGUAUGGGGAUCAGCAAUACACAGAUGUACGAGACAGCUGUCAGGGCUGUUGCCAAGCAACGGGUGGCCUUAGAAGUAAUGUCCUAUCACGCCAUAGCACCGGAAGAAGAUGCCCUCAAGCUAAAGAAAGUGUCUAUUCCCUCCAGCCAGCAUUUUAACUUACUUGACUACAAAUUCUGUGAUUUCAACCUUGAUGAUGACAACACAUUGAAAGCAACCAUCAGGAUGUUUUUAGAUUUAGACUUGAUAGAAAAUUUUAAAAUCGAUUAUGAGAUAUUUUGCCGUUGGAUGCUAAGCGUGAAGAAAAACUACAGGAAUGUGACAUAUCACAACUGGCGUCAUGCUUUCAAUGUCACACAGACAAUGUUCUGCAUGCUGAAGACAGGUCAGAUGAAUAAUAUCCUGACGGAUGUUGAGCGGUUAGCACUGAUGGUUGGUUGUCUGUCACAUGAUCUUGACCAUCGGGGCACCAACAACCAGUUUCAGCAUAAAACCAUGAGUCCUAUAGCAGAGUUGUACGGCACAUCCACAAUGGAACAUCACCAUUUUGACCAGUGUAUUAUGAUUUUGUCAACUAAGGGAAGUGACAUUUUCCGUAAUUUAUCCCAAGAGGCUUAUGAGCAGGUCAUUGUGUUGUUGGAAAGUGCCAUUCUUGCAACAGAUUUAGCAUUGUAUUUUAGGUAUAGAGGGCAAUUUUUUCAACUAGUAAAAGGAGAUAAUCCUGAUUGGACAAAUGAUGACAACAGAAAUCUUUUAAGGUCAAUGAUGAUGACUGCUAGUGAUGUUGCUGCCAUCACAAAACCAUGGGAAAUUCAAAGAAAAGUUGCAUCCCUUGUGGCAAGUGAAUUUUUUGAACAAGGUGACCUUGAGAAGGAAAAACUAAAAGUGAAACCUAUAGCUAUGAUGGACAGAGAACAAAUAGACAAGUUGCCAGAUUUGCAAGUUGGAUUUAUUGAUGAUAUUUGUAUGCCAGUUUAUGAGGCCAUUAGCAGAGUUUCUCCUCGGUUGUCUCCCUUGUUAGAAGGCUGCCAACAGAACAGAAGCAACUGGCUGAUGGAAUCAAGGGCAGUCAACAAACGUCUGGAUGAGAAGAAAGUAGAGAACACUGACAAGGAUAAGGACGAAGACAAGGAAAAGAAUGAGGAAGAAGGGAAAGAAAAAGCAAACGAGGAUGUCGGGAAAGAAAAAGAGAAAGAAGAGGAAGAGGAGAUGGAGCUUGAGGAGGACGAGGACACGGUGGUGGAGAAUGUGAACGUCAGUUACAUUUCUGCUGAGUCGCACAAAUCCGGGCGUGGCUCGGCCGGUGCGAGAGACGGCUGCAGCAGCAGCUACUCCGAGGUUGACGCCAAGCCAAAAAUGUCAGGUCAGUCCGCAGAUUGCCACGUGUACAUUGGUGGGGAGGAGGAACUCAUCUCGUUAGAAGAUAGAAAACAUUUGAUAAACAGGGAUGAUUCCCUGCAUCAAAGUGCCGACCAUGAGAAACGGAAGCGGCAUGACAUUGAGCAUUCUCCGAUGAAACAGGAGGGGGGUAAGGUCUGGCUUAAGUCUGGCCAGAAGGGUUAUGGAAAAACUAGUUCAGGUAAACGAAGAGGUUUUUCCUGCCGGGAUAGGUCGCGAGGUCGGGACGAGGACAAAGGGAGUACAUCUUGACAAUUACUGCCCCGAGGUUGCCAGGUUUUGUAGAGAAAGUAGUUCAUAAAAUAAAUGGUCACUGCAUUGAGAGAGAUUUCUUAAAAAAUGUAUCUCUUCAGUGUGUUAAUUUCAGUUAAUGAAAUUUAUAUUUCAGUGUUACAAAUAUUUUUGUAUGAAAACUAGUUAUAGUUGAAGAAACGAUAACUAUUUUUUUUACCAGAAGAUAUUUCCCUCUCAGUGCAGUGUCCAUUACCAAUUUAUUGACUGGUGAUUGAUAAUGAUUGGUUCUCAGGUCAAAAGGUAUUUUUUGUAACCUUAGUUUGCUAGUGUUAUUUUUAACCAUAUGUUUAGUUUAGCUUAGUUUAUAAUUACAAUCUUACCUCAGUAAUGCAGCAAUUAAAAUUAAAAGUGAAUAAUUAUAUAUAUUUGGUAAUUAUUAUUAUUAUAUUGGCAGGCUGUAAACAAGGUGUUUUUUUUAUACUAUCGCCACCCUUACAUAGCCCUGACCAAUCCUGACUCUUAAUCUUAACCAGCAGUAAAAUCACCACGACAUAUUUAGUCCAGCUUUUGUUUAUAAGAAUCAAACAAUUAUACAGUAGUGGUGGUUUCUUUUUGUGGAACAAAAUCUAGUUUGCAGAAAAAUUUUAGACCAUUUCCUUAAUGUAAUUUUUAAGUGGUUCAAUUAAUUAGUUUAAAACUUUAAUAAGUUUGACACUUGUAAAAUUUAUCUCUUACAGCCUCUGACAACACGUAAUAUCUUUCAGCAUUUUUAUCCUUUUUUGUUAACAGUUUAUUUAUAUUUACUUAGUCAAGCACUCUAUUCUAGCAUUAGCAAUCUUAGUCGCCUAAUAACUAGUUACUGUAGUUUCUUUCAUCAGAACCAAAAUGUAACAGUUUUACCCUUUGAUAGUUAUCUUUCUUAAAAUAAUAAAGCUGACUUCCCUGUUUUUUACAAGACAAGCUAUUUAAUGCCACUCAUCCCUGUUGAUUAUAAGAAUUUGCUAACAUUGGAGGUAACUACCAUAUUUUAGUUUUAAAAUACAGUUCUAUGUUUUUUGGGAGAAUGUAUAUGACUUCUUUUUUUAUUGAUAAUCCAUUUAAAGUAUUUAUAACUUUAAUGUAAAUUCCACCUAAAGUUAAAAAUAUUCUAUUGAAAGAAUUUUUUGAUUUAUUGAUGAACAAAAACAAAAUUCAUUGACAAUUUAAAAUAAUAAAAAUCUGUUCCAACCUCGCAAAUAUUAAUUGUAACAUGCUCACAUAUUUCAUGUACAUUUAUAUAAUAUAAUUUUUAAAAUUAAUUCAAAUAAUCGCAUAAUUGAUUUUAAUACAAUAACAAUUUCUUAUACUUUAACUAAUGGUCUGUAAUUUUAGUGAUGUGUGAUAAUAUUAAAUACUAAUAACUUCUUAAUUGUGCAAUUAGUUGUAGUUCAGUGGCUUCACAAGGGGGCGACAACCCCACUUAGUGAGGUAACACAAUAGUAUUUGUUAUUUAAAUGAGUGAGGGAAAAAAUAAUCUAAUACUCAGAAUAUAUAAACAUGUAUUGUAUUGAAGAAACAGCAUAUCAUAAUUUUUACUAUUGCAAGUUUCUAUAGGAUUUAUCACUGCAUAGUUAAGACUAUCACACACUGAAAAAUGUAACUUUGACGAUAUGUUAUGACUUUAAAACCCCGAGGAUUAAUUGCUUUAUAAAUACAUAUUUGAUUAGUUACAGAUUUUAAAUUGAGUAACAUUUAGUUAUGUUUGAGUUCUCUCUUUCAAUGCUAGUUAGUGACUUAGUAUGCCAGAGGUAAUCUUACUCUUCCUUUCUUCCUCCCCAAUGUGGUGAUAGCCUAUGAUUAACCCUCUAAUGAAUAACCAACCAUUCUACAUGCUUUGGAAAGUUUCUUUUAUGUUAGACUGUGGUCUUAGAGUUUAAAAGAUGUAGACAAAGAGUGGAUCCCACUAGCACUGAAAUUAUUUAAACAAAGCAUUUAUAAACUUGUUUAGUCUAAAAUCAAACAAACCAUUUUUAUUUUUCAUUUACAUUAACCCCAUUGACUGUAUUUCAAAACAGAAUAUCUGGCAUUUUGUUAUAUAACUUGAUGGUAGCCAUUUUAUUGAGCUGUUUCAUUACCAUUUACUUCCCUUCCAUAUUAAUGGCCUAUACCUCUAAAAUAUUCAAAUUCAUUUUUUUUUCAAAUAUAUUUGCACCCAAUAUAUUAAAAGUAUAAAAUAUAUAUCACAUUAAGGUGUAUUUAUCUUGUUAAAGCCUAAAGUUUGAAGUGGGAUUCUUUAAACUGAAUACUCACUAUCUAUACCAUUAUAGUUUAAAUAUUAACAAUAUUAUAGUAUUCAUCACAGCUUUAUUUUUACCCUUAUUUAUUUAUUUAUACUUUGUUUCGAGUAAGAUCUUGGAUUAUGAUAAUGUUUCGAGGUGAGAUGAAGGGGCAGUCUCGGGGACAGCUGUAGUUUUUUCUUCAAAUUUUAUUUAACAUGCUAAAUAAAUAAAUUGUUCUAUGUUAUUUGUGCUACAGUCAUUUAUUUCUGAUCCUUUUAUACUUUUAAAAUCUCAAAGUGCAAAUAUUUAUACAUGUAAAUAGUAUAGAUUAUAAUGAUAAAUAUAUAUAUAUAUAUAUACAUAUAUACAUAUAUUGAACUUAUAAAUUAUUUUGCUGUUUUAAGCUAAAUUCACUUUUAGUUGUUUGCCUAGAGUGGAAGCUCACAUCACAUUUGUUAUGUAUAGUAAGAUAAAAUCUGAUCACUUUUGCCUUGUAUAAACUCCAUUGCAUUCUAGUGUGGUAUCUCUAUCAACCAGCUGUGUUUGUUAUUAGUUGUUUAAUCAGACAUGUUUAGUUUUGUUUAAUGUAUUUAUGUAUUUAAGUUUUGUUGAAACUGAUGUAUUACUUGUUUCAAGUGACUUGAGUUCAACUUAACUGAUGUGUGAGGUUAAGUUUAAACAAUGGUCUUGUAGUUUUAUAUCAUCUGUUUUUUUUCCCCAUUGAAAUUGUGAAAAAAAAAAUGUCUGAGCACAUGAUACAAAUCUUAGUUCAGCUAACAUAAAUCUUGGAUCAAUUAUAAAAUAUCGAGUGAGGACCAGCCACUCUAAAUCUGUCAUUUGACUAAUUUUAUUUUGAACUUUAAAAUUGCUAAUUUAUUUUAUACUAGAAAUGUAAAAUCACCAAAAUGGUUGCAUUCAGCGGUUUUUAUUACAGCAAAAUUGUUAAAAAAAACAUAUUUUGAUAGAAUGCCUUGAAAAAUUUAUUAUAAAAGGCAAAAUGCCUAAGGGAAAAUGUAUUGAAUACAAUGUAUGUACAUUCUACAUUUUUCUCUUGUCAGUUGGAAAAUGUAUGGAAUACAAUGUGUGGGUAUUCUACAUUUUUCACUUGUUUUACGAACUCAUUUUAAGUUGAUGGAAUGAAAUUUUGUUUUUCACUGAAAAUCUUUCAGCUUUGUUUUGUAGAUUUCUUGUCUCUAGAAAUUGGCUUUUAUUCUAGCUGUAUAUGCAGGUAGUUAGAUAUUGUUGGUUUUGUAUUUAGAGCAGCAAAGAUAUUUUCUCUUAUGUUUUGAUACAUGAUUGCUAUUUAAAAAAUAAUUGUUGACAUGCAUUGAUUUACACUAGGUGUAUGAAUAUCUUUUUUUUUAUUCAACUUGCAUGAUGGAAUAGCUGCUAGUAGGCAGUGUUUAAAAACAUGGAUUAUCUUACAGAAUAAUUAGAGAUGAUAAAAGAUGAAAACAAAAUCACAACGAAACAAACAUCUUUAUUUUGAAAAACUUAAAUUUUUAUACUGUUUAAAUUGAAUGUGUUUUUGUAUGAUAGGGUAAAACUUCAUUGAUGAUAUUAAUUAUUUGUUUUUAAAUUAAUUAACAUAUUAGUAUAGUGUGAAUAUUGUGGAGGUGAAUUAAUAUGCAGAGUUUUUAUUUUUAUUUUUGGUAUCCAUCAUUUAAAUGAAAAAAAAAAGUUUAAAACUACAAUGUUUUAGUAACAUUGUAGAAAAUACUUUUCAUUAUUACAGUUAUUGUAAAAAAAACAGUAUACCAAAUACGAUUUUACAUUGUAAUACAACUUGAUUUUUAAUGGGUUUUUUUAUCCCAACCCAAAUUAAAGUUGUGAAGGCCCCAAAUAACCCAGUCAUAUAAAUGACGUGAACUUUUUAGUGGUAAAAAUAUGGGGGCCAGUUGAUUCUCCCCUCUAGUCAAAUGUGACUCAGUGUAGACCAACAGCAGUAUAAAACCAUGCAGACCAACAGCAGUAUAAAACCCUGCAUGCUUACAGCAGUAUAAAACCAUGCAGACCAACAGCAGUAUAAAACCAUGCAGACCAACAGCAGUAUAAAAUCCUGCAUGCUUACAGCAGUAUAAAACCCUUCAUGCUUGCAAAAGUAUAAAACCCUGAUGCUUACAGCAGUAGACAAACCUGCAGACAAAACAGCAGUAUAAAACCCUUCUGCAGACUUUCAUCUAUUUUUUUAACCUUUGAAGUAUUAGUGCACCCUACUUGACGCACCUACGCUUUUUGUAACGCACUCUUUGUACACAAGUUUAUUUUAUUAUUUAUUCACCUGUUAAAUAUUUAAGUAAGUUGCUUUUAAAGUGAUACACAUUAUUUUUAAAUUAUAAUUAUUUAACCUUUUUAAAUUAAUAUAUUUAAGAAUAAGUUUUUAAAAUAUUUGAACAAUUUUUUUUGUGUAUCUCCUGCACAACAUGUUUUGAAGUUUACUUAUAUCAAAUGAAGAGAUGAUAUAUUAUAUAUAACACAUGAUUGCUUGUAUGAAGCCAGUUUUUGCACGUGAUCUGUGUGUUGAUUGGGAAGAUAUUAUUUAUAUAGUUCUUAUGAAGUCCAGGUCCCCUUUCUCUCUGUGAUAUAUCUCAGUGCUACGUCAAAGUGCUGGGAGUUAUGCCCUGUGAGUGAGAGAGUUAUGCCCUGUGAGUGAGAGAGUUAUGCCCUGUGAGUGAGAGAGUUAUGCCCUGUGAGUGAGAGAGUUAUGCCCUGUGAGUGAGAGAGUUAUGCCCUGUGAGUGAGAGAGUUAUGCCCUGUGAGUGAGAGAGUUAUGCCCUGUGAGUGAGAGAGCUUUGUCCUGUGAGUUAGUUAUGCACUGUAAGAGAUAUGCCCUGUGAGUGAGUAAGGAUAUGCCCUGUGAGUCAAAGAUAUAUGCCCUGUGUGUGAACUUCAUGCCCUGUGAGUUAGAGUUAAGCACUGUAAGAGAUAUGCCCUGUGAGUAAGAGAUAUGCCCUGUGAGUAAGAGAGAUGCCCCUGUGAGUGAGAGAGAUGCCCCUGUGAGUGAAAGAGUAGUGUUUUGUGAUUGAUAGACCUGAUGUUACACAACUGCUAACUGCACAUGUAAAUAGGUGCUAAAAAAAUUUCAAAGUGCUUUUAACAUGCUGUUUCCUUUAUUUAUUGCCACGUUUUCAAGUUAAUUUUGUAACUUUUUAGAAGUCUCUUUUCUGUAGGUAUUUCUUGUGUUGUAUUAGAAAAAUUACUUUUAAAAAGAAAAUAUGUAAAUCUACUACUAAAUGUUUAUACUUUGUAAAUGUGGGGGGAAAAGACAAGUUUUAUCCAGGCAAAGUUUUGUACCUUCUUUUUAAAUAUCUAAUUGAAUUUUUUUUUUUAAAUAUUUACUUCCUGUACUUUGAAAAUUACCGCAGACUUUGUCAAUUAGGUUAUCAAAAGACUCAAACUUAAAACGAUUUUAAUUAGUGCUGACAUAAAGGCUGAGCAACAUAACAAAAAAAAAUUCUCCAACAAAAUGUUAGAAUUUCUAAAACGAGAAAAUAAAUAAAUAAAUGUUCAGUGGAUCUUUUGAAUACAACCAAGGGGACACCACCCAUGAUAAAUUUACAUACAAUAACAAAAUAUACUCCUUGCUAUUAGUUAAUGCAUUCUGCUCUAUAUUACACUAGAUUUAAAUAAGGAACGUUUUCUCUUGUAUCACCUCGACAUUUAAUUGAUAACGGAAUGUAGACGCUGCAACACUGCUAAUGGUUGUGCUAGGUAAAAUGAUUUUAUGUCUGUUUUUUUGUGAGUCUGUUGUUUUUUUUUUAUUUUUAAAUUAAUUUUAUCUUAAAAGUUGUAUAUAAUCGUAUGCAUUGUUUUAUUUGAAAAUAUGGAUCUGGGAAUUUUGUGAUCAAAUUAAGGUUCGUUUCUUUUCCCUUAAAAACUGCUCCUGUUCAUAUUUUUAACAUGUUCGUAUCUCCCAUCCUCCUCCUUAUGCACUCCUCAAUUAAAAAACUAUG